CUACACAUAUAUAUGUUUUCGCCGACCAUCGGAGACCGACGCCGACGCUAUCCUUCCACCCCGUCUCCGCCUCCACCAUCCGCAAACCUCUCGCCGGAGGCCACCAGCCGCCUAAGCUGUCCUUUAGCCCGGAACGCCGUCGCAGUGUAAUCUCUCUCCCCAUAUCUCCGUCGCCGCUGUCAAACCCUUACCCUCCGUUCACCUAUAGGGAUUAGGGAGUACCAAUUUUGCUAAAAAGUGUCAUUGUUUGAGACGGUUUCAGAUACUCCGUAAGAUUUAACUUGGUUUGAAAUCCCCAUUUCCACCAAAAGAAGAUAGGGCUAAGUCACUAGCAGACAACUUUUUACUAAAGGCCAGCAUAAAAUAGAAGUAAUCAAGUAAAUAAAACCCCUACUUACAAGGAGUGGAAUGGAUUGUAGAGUUCUUUCUUGUGGAACCUUUAACUUUACCCGGAAUUUGGGUGGAAAUUCUGGCCGGGAUACAAUUAUUGGUCGAAAGUAUUCUCAUUUCCGUGCAGGCUCAUUUUGUAUGACAAUCAGGUCUGGAAUGAAGUCUUAUAGGCUGUCAGAGCUUUCACACUCUGAGGCUGAUGGACUGAAAGCUCGUCCUCGCAUAAAUUUCUCUUCUAUAUUCAACUUGGUCCAGCCCAUUGUUGAUGAUGUUCGUAGUAGAGGUGAUGCAGCUGUAAAAGACUAUACCAUCCAGUAUGACAAGGUUGAAGUGCAGAAGGUGGUUGAAAAUGUUUCUGAACUUGCUGACCCCGAGCUUCAAGCAGAUGUUCGUGAGGCAUUUGAUUUAGCAUAUGACAACAUAUAUGCCUUUCAUGCUGCACAAAAGCCUGCUGAGAGAACUGUUGAGAACAUGCAAGGUGUUAGAUGCAAACGUGUAGCUAGGAGCAUUGCUUCCGUCGGUCUUUAUGUCCCUGGUGGAACUGCUAUUUUACCUUCCACUGCCCUGAUGCUUGCAAUUCCUGCCCAAAUUGCUGGGUGCAAAACUGUUGUACUCGCAACUCCACCCACUCGGGAUGGUAGCAUUUGCAAGGAGGUCCUUUAUUGUGCCAAGAAAUCUGGUGUCACUCACAUUCUCAAAGCUGGAGGUGCUCAGGCCAUUUCUGCAAUGGCAUGGGGGACCAAAUCUUGCCCAAAGGUUGAGAAAAUUUAUGGUCCGGGAAACCAGUAUGUCACUGCUGCAAAAAUGAUUCUUCAGAAUAGUGAGGCUAUGGUUUCAAUUGAUAUGCCUGCUGGACCAUCAGAAGUUCUUGUUAUAGCUGACGAGAAUGCUAGUCCUGUUCAUAUUGCAGCAGAUUUACUCUCUCAGGCCGAACAUGGUCCAGAUAGCCAGGUAGUUCUUGUCAUUGUUGGGGACAAUGUAAAUCUAGCUGCUAUACAAGAUGAACUCAACCGGCAGUGUCAAAGUCUUCCCAGGGGUGAAUUUGCAUCAAAAGCUCUUGAUCAUAGUUUUACUGUGAUUGCACAUGAUAUGAUUGAGGCAAUUUCUUUUUCAAACAUGUAUGCACCUGAGCAUCUGAUUGUAAAUGUAAAAGAUGCUGAGAAGUGGGAGAAUUACAUUGAGAAUGCAGGGUCUGUAUUUUUGGGGCCAUGGACACCAGAAAGCAUUGGAGAUUAUGCGAGUGGUACAAAUCAUGUCCUUCCGACUUAUGGGUAUGCACGGAUGUACAGUGGGGUGUCUUUAGACUCAUUCUUAAAGUACAUCACAGUACAGUCUCUGACUGAGGAGGGGCUGAAAAACAUAGGUCCUUGUGUUGCUACCAUGGCUGAUGUUGAAGGUUUGGAAGCCCACAAGAGAGCAGUCACCCUCAGAUUGAAGGACAUUCAAGCAAAAGAAUUGCUUACUGCUUAGAGGAUUCCCAGUCUUUUUAAUCAAAAGGUAUGAAAUCUGAGAGGAUAUGCAAUAGAAGGGAGAUAAAAAUGUCAUUCCCCAUAAAGGGAAAUGACAUUCUACUGCGGUU